AUGUCCUAUGCUCAUGAUGCCACCACCAAGAUCUCCAUUGACAAGUUCGACGGCGACAACUACGCGACGUGGAGCCGCUACAUGCGUGGCGUGUUCCUGACCAAGUCGGCGUGGCACGUGGUGAACCGGGAUACCACCCCCACCUUCGCCGAUCCUCGCGCCAGUGACGACUACGUCAAGACGAACAACAUUGCAGGCGUGGGUCGCGUGGGCGCGUUGAAGACGCUGUACGGCGGGUCGCAGAAGGCUGGACGCAUCUACUUGAAGCGCCAGCUGUUCAGCAUGGAGAUGGCGGAAGGCGGCAAUGUGAUGCAUCAUUGCAACGAAGUCCUCAACAUCAGCGCGAAUCUCAGCAGCAUCGGCGCCAAGAUGGAGAAUGAGGACGUUGCGAUCUGCUUACUGCGCAGUCUGCCCAAGAUUUCGAGAACGGGGUUCUCAACUUGGAGAUGA